UUUUUUGGUGUACAAUUACCAAGAGAAGAGUUUGAAAAGAGGAACCUGGUUUUUCCUGCUUCCUGUUUUGAUGGUCAUACUUGCUGCCUGAGGAAAUGCCACCACCAAUGACUGUACAUGCUAUUUCCAACUCCAGUCCUCAGCUCCUUCAUGUCAUUUCAUUCCUGGGAGAGAGGCCGGAUGGGACGUCCUUCAGGCUGUGGCAGAGCUCGAAGCUGCUCCUCUCUCUCCUGAGCUCCUUGCUGUCUUUGUUGCGCCUCUGCUGCGUGGUUGGUGUGCAUCUGUCAUGUCCUGCUUGGCGUGAUCCAGGACUUGGUGUCCAGAAAUCUCUAGACCUCGGCCAUGAUCACUUCCUCCUUUCAAACCUCUGUGGCAGUUUUGGCCGUGGUUGUCCUGCAUGCCAAUGCCCUGGAUACAUUUGUGGCUGCAGUGUACGAACACGCUGUCAUAUUGCCAAAGGAAACAGAAACACCUGUUUCUCAGGACGAUGCCUUGCUCCUUAUGAACAAGAAUAUAGAUGUUCUGGAGAAAGCGAUUAAACAGGCAGCUGAGCAGGGUGCUCAUAUCAUUGUGACUCCAGAAGAUGCACUUUAUGGGUGGAAAUUUACCAGGGAAACCAUUUUCCCUUAUCUGGAGGAUAUCCCAGACCCUCAGGUGGACUGGAUUCCAUGUCAAGACCCCCACAGAUUUGGUCACACACCAGUACAAGCAAGACUCAGCUGCCUGGCCAAGAACAACUCUAUCUAUGUCUUGGCAAAUAUUGGGGACAAAAAGCCAUGCAAUUCCCACGACUCCACAUGUCCUCCUAAUGGCUAUUAUCAAUACAAUACCAACGUGGUGUAUGAUACAAAGGGACAGCUGGUGGCACGUUACCAUAAGUAUCACCUCUACUCUGAGCCUCAAUUUGAUGUCCCUGAAGAGCCGGAGCUGGUGACUUUCAACACCCCCUUUGGAAGGUUUGGCAUUUUCACAUGCUUCGAUAUACUCUUCCACGACCCUGCUGUGACCCUGGUGAAAGACUUCCACGUGGACACCAUACUGUUUCCCACUGCUUGGAUGAACGUUUUGCCCCUAUUGACAGCUAUUGAAUUCCACUCAGCUUGGGCAAUGGGAAUGAGAGUUAAUCUUCUUGUGGCCAAUAUACACCAUGUCCGCCUAAAUAUGACAGGCAGUGGUAUUUAUGCACCACACACCCCCAAAGUAUACCAUUAUGAUAUGGAAACAGACUUGGGGAGAAUCCUUCUUUCGGAAGUGGAUUCCCGUCCUCGAAUCUCUCCUGCCUACUCCACAGCGGUGAACUGGAGUGCCUAUGCCACGGCCAUCAAACCCUUCCCAGUUCAGAAGAACACUUUCAGGGGGCUUAUUUCCCGAGAUGUGUUCCACUUCACAGAACUUUUUGAAAAUGCAGGAAACCUCACAGUCUGUCAAAAAGAUUUCUGCUGCCAUUUAAGCUACAGAAUGCAACAAAAAGGAGAGAAUGAAGUAUAUGUCCUAGGAGCUUUCACAGGACUUCACGGCCAAAGGAGAAGAGAGUACUGGCAGGUCUGCACAAUGCUGAAAUGCAAAACAACUGAUCUGACAACUUGUGGACAACCAGUAGAAAAGGCUUUGACGAAAUUUGACAUGUUCUCCCUAAGUGGCACAUUUGGGACAGAGUAUGUUUUUCCUGAAGUGCUACUUACUACAAUUAAACUGUCACCUGGAACAUUUGAGGUGCUAAAAGAUGGGCGUUUGGUAAACAAGAAUGGAUCUGAAUAUGAGCCUAUUCUAACAGUGUCACUCUUUGGGAGAUGGUACACCAAAGACUCACAUUCCACCUCAGGAGGGAUCAGCAAUUUGGAAACAACUAACCUGUUAAUAUCCACUUUUUUCAUGAUCAUAGCUUUGCAAAUAUUAUGAUGGGUGCUCAUAUCAUUGUGACCCCAGAAGACGGAAUUUAUGGCUGGGUCUUCACAAGGGAGACCAUUUACCCCUAUCUGGAGGAUAU